CCUCUCCUCCGUGCGCACCCCGAGAGCCGGGCCCCCGCCGCUCCCAGCUGGGGGUUCACCCGGUCGGGCUGCCCGGGUUCGGCUGGAGCGCUUCAUGGAGAACUUCCAAAAAGUGGAAAAGAUCGGAGAGGGCACGUACGGCGUGGUGUACAAGGCCAAAAACAAGGUGACGGGAGAAGUGGUGGCGCUCAAAAAAAUCCGCCUGGACACUGAGACAGAGGGUGUGCCCAGUACUGCCAUCAGGGAGAUCUCUCUGCUCAAGGAACUCAGCCACCCUAAUAUUGUCAAGCUGCUAGAUGUCAUCCACACAGAAAAUAAACUCUACUUGGUUUUUGAGUUUCUACACCAGGACCUCAAGAAAUUCAUGGACGCAUCCGCUCUCACUGGCAUUCCUCUUCCGCUCAUUAAGAGCUAUCUGUUUCAGCUGCUCCAGGGCCUAGCUUUUUGCCAUUCUCAUCGGGUCCUGCACCGAGACCUCAAACCUCAGAAUCUGCUUAUCAAUGCAGAGGGAUCCAUCAAACUUGCAGACUUUGGACUAGCCAGAGCCUUUGGAGUGCCUGUUCGUACUUAUACUCAUGAGGUUGUGACCCUCUGGUACCGAGCACCUGAAAUUCUUCUGGGCUGCAAAUACUACUCCACAGCUGUGGACAUCUGGAGCUUGGGCUGCAUCUUUGCUGAGAUGCACCUAGUGUGUACCCAGCACCAUGCUAAGUGCUGUGGGGAACACAGAAGAAAUGGAAGACACAGUCUCUGUCCGCUGUGCUCCUAUCUAGAAGUGGCUGCAUCACAAGGAGGGGGGAUGACCGCAGUGUCUACCCCACAUCCCGUGACCCGCCGGGCUCUGUUCCCUGGAGAUUCUGAAAUCGACCAGCUCUUCCGGAUCUUUCGGACUCUGGGCACACCAGAUGAGGUGGUUUGGCCAGGAGUUACUUCUAUGCCUGACUAUAAGCCAAGUUUCCCCAAGUGGGCCCGCCAAGAUUUUAGCAAAGUUGUGCCUCCCCUGGAUGAAGAUGGACAGAGCUUGUUAUCGCAAAUGCUGCACUACGACCCCAACAAGCGGAUUUCAGCAAAGGCUGCUCUGGCUCACCCUUUCUUCCAGGAUGUGACCAAGCCAGUACCCCAUCUUCGACUGUGAUGUUCUUCUGUGUGCCUCAAAAUAUCUCCCUCUUUGUGUCGGUGGGGGGCCUGAUCUGGCUUGGAAUUGCGUGAUUUGCCCUCUAGUCUUGUCUGGCUGCCUUAACAUUUACCUCCCCCUCUUAGCCAGACAAUUCUGGUGAGACCAAGGAUAGAGAGAAACAUGUGAAAAGAUGAAA